GUGAUGCUGCUGGUUGGUUGAAGACGGAAAAGUCUCUUCAGCGGCUCGGUAAUUAAUUGCAGAUAUCGAUGUGUGUGUGCGUGUGCGCGCUGCGUGUGUGUGUGUUUCUUCUUUUCUCCAACAUGAAAUAGUUUGUUGGGCUUCACUUUCGUCCUUCCGCCGGCCCCCCUUCCUUCUUCCCCGUCCUGGUUCAGAGCCCGGACGCGGUGAGACCCAGCUGAGUCGGUGUCGGUGCGUCCUGAGCCGCGCGGUGAUGUUGGAUAUGGGAGAGCGCAAAGAGGUCAAAAUGAUUCCAAAAUCCUCCUUCACGAUAAACAGUUUGGUGCCAGAGGCCGUGCAAAGCGACAACCACAACCAGCACCCGAACCACCACCACCAGCACCACCACCACCAGAACCAGAACCACCACCACCAGAACCACCAGCCUCACCGGGCCGGCGGCGCGGACGAAGCCGAGCACAAGGCUCCUCUCCCGGUCGCGGAGCCGAAAAGUGAGUCGGCGGUGCAAGAGAGCUGCCCGGAGGAGAAGGAGAAGCAGGAGGAGAAGAAGGAGGUGAAGGACGGGGACGCCGGAGGGAAGGAGGGAGAGAAGAAGGGCGGGAAGUACGAGAAACCUCCGUUCAGCUACAACGCGCUCAUCAUGAUGGCGAUCCGGCAGAGUCCCGAGAAGCGGCUCACCCUGAACGGGAUCUACGAGUUCAUCAUGAAGAACUUCCCCUACUACCGCGAGAACAAGCAGGGCUGGCAGAACUCCAUCCGGCACAACCUCAGCCUCAAUAAGUGUUUCGUCAAGGUACCGCGGCACUACGACGACCCGGGGAAGGGGAACUACUGGAUGCUGGACCCGAGCAGCGAUGACGUCUUCAUCGGCGGGACCACCGGGAAGCUCCGGCGGCGCUCCACCACCUCCCGAGCCAAGCUGGCCUUCAAGCGUGGCGCCCGCCUCACCUCCGGCCUGACCUUCAUGGACCGAGCCGGAUCCUUGUACUGGCCCAUGUCCCCCUUCCUGUCCCUGCACCACCCGCGGGCCGGAAGCGCGCUGGGCUACAACGGGACCACCUCUGGCUACCCGGGUCACCCCAUGUCCUACAGCACCAUGCUGACCCAGAACAUCGGCAACAACCACUCGUCGUUCGCGGGUUCGAACGGGCUCAGCAUGGACCGGUUGGUGGGCGGGGACCUUCCGUACGCCACGCACCACCUGACGGCGGCCGCGCUCGCUGCUUCGGCGGUGCCCUGCGGUCUGUCCGUGCCCUGCUCCGGGGCCACCUACUCCCUGAACCCGUGCUCGGUCAAUCUGCUGGCCGGACAGACGAGCUACUUUUUCCCGCACGUCCCGCACCCGUCCAUGAGCACGCAGGCCGGCGGCGGCGGCGCGCUGCAGGCCGCCCGCGCCUCGGCCUCCAACUCCCCGCAGGCUCCGUCCUCCUCCGCGCUGCCCUGUGACUCUCUGAGGUCGCCUCUGUCCUCCUCUUUGCCGGCCUUCUCCUCGGGACUGUCCGGGGGGUUGUCUGACUAUUUCACGCAUCAGAACCAGGGCUCCACCCCGAACCCGCUUAUACACUAACACCCGAACCCACCCCGACAAGGACCCAAAACCGACUGUUUUACACUCAAAACUCACACUGUAAAAAUACAGAAUUAUUAUAAUCCACUAUAAAAAAAGAAAAAAAGAAAAAGAAAAAAAAGAGGAACAGCAGAAAGAGAAAGAAAGCAG